GCGAAUCCCAUUCCUUCUCCUCUCGUCUCCAGCUCCUCCUCCUUCCUCGCGCGCGCUCCUCUGCUCUGUUCUCCUCUCCUUGUGCGCUAGUGUUCACCAAGAUCAGGCAAACGGCCACGCGCGAGCUCGCCAUGGAGCGUACCGGCGGCAAGGGCGACGACGACUCGCGGCUGAUGCGCGACCUCUGCACGCUGCUCGUCACCAUCAUCGCCCCCGUCGCGGCGGCGUCCUCGACGAACUCGCCCCGGAGGCCCGUGGCGCGGCGCCCGCGGGGCGGCAUGUCGCCGGCGGGCGCGGCGUCGAUGCUUCUGGGCGCGUCGAUGGCGCUGAUGCUUUGCGGGUCCGUGACGUUCGCCAUCGGCUUCCUCCUCAUGCCGUGGGUCGCCGGCGUCGCGCUGCUCUUCGGCUUCGCCGGCGUCAUCUCCACCCUCUCCUCCGGCCUCCUCCCCUCGUCCUCCUCCAAGGAGCAACGGCUGCGGACGCCGACGCAAGGGCGUGUCCGUGCCUCUGCCCCGAUGAGCUCUGUCCCGGAUAAGCUCGUGGCGUGGCGUUGAGCUGUUCUUGAAAUUUAGUUAAUUAAUUAAAUUAGGGCGGGAUUAGGAUGGGUAAUUCCUGUGUAAAAAAGCUUCCCUUUUGCUGUUGUUGUACGUUUCCAGUCGCAAGAGAUGCCGAUGAUUUACUACCGGCAGAAGCAACAUUUGUUAUAUGUGUUGA